GAAAUUCGGUUGUACGGAGACGCUGGUGUGAAGUUAAAGAAAAAGAAAGCGAACAUCAGAUGAACAUCAGCCAAUCCGUGCAUUCCCUUUAGGGUGGUGUCAAACUCUCCGACCAAUCACAGCGCGCUAUUCCUCCGCUCGCGACAGCACUACGCAUCACCGUCAACAGCAGCGGUUCCAAGCCAGUGUGUGUCCAGGAUAUUCUCUGCGUUCUGCUAAUACGAUCUUGCACGUGCGUUGAAUUCACACACACACACCCUUUACAUCAGUCUGUGAUCAUCUUCAUCAUGCCUGAUAUGGAUAUUAAAACGGCAGUCUGGCGUCCAGAGCAGUCAGUGGAGGACGUGUUUGAUACCACAUAUAAAGAGAAAGAAGGGCCUAAACCUCCCGUCGUCAUAGUUUGGAGAAAUGUGGUUCUGAUGACUUUAUUGCACACUGCAGCUCUAUAUGGGCUUCUGCUGGUACCAUCUGCAUCUGUGUUCACACUCUUCUGGACGUUCGGGUGUUUCGUGGUCAGCGCUCUGGGAAUCACCGCCGGCGCUCACAGGUUGUGGAGCCACAGGUCGUAUAAAGCGUCUUUACCUCUCCGGAUCUUCCUGGCCUUCGCCAACUCCAUGGCUUUCCAGAACGACAUCUACGAAUGGUCACGUGAUCAUCGCGUUCACCACAAAUACUCUGAGACGGACGCCGACCCUCACAACGCCGUGCGCGGGUUCUUCUUCUCUCACAUCGGCUGGCUUCUGGUCCGUAAACACCCCGACGUCAUCGAGAAGGGACGCAAGCUGGAGAUCAGCGACCUGAAGGCCGAUAAGGUCGUCAUGUUUCAGAGGAGGUACUACAAGCCGUCUGUGCUGCUGAUGUGCUUCUUCCUCCCGAUGUUUGUGCCCUGGUUCCUGUGGGGCGAGUCGCUGUGGGUGGCGUACUUCGUGCCGACCGUCCUCAGAUACACACUUGUGUUGAACUCCACCUGGCUGGUCAACAGCGCCGCACACAUGUGGGGGAACCGGCCCUACGACAGCACCAUCAACCCCCGGGAGAACAGAUUCGUCACCUUCAGUGCCAUCGGCGAAGGCUUCCACAAUUACCACCACACGUUCCCCUUCGACUACGCCACCAGCGAGUACGGCUGGAAGCUCAACCUGACCACAUGCUUCAUCGACCUCAUGUGUUUCCUCGGCCUGGCGAGCGACCCGAAGCGCGUGUCCCGGGACGCGGUGAACGCUCGAGUCGUGCGGACCGGCGACGGGAGUCACAGGAGCGGCUAACGUUCAAUCCCACCAUCCCUCAAUCCCAACGAACUGCCAGCCGGAAAACAGGAGGACAAUCGGUCCUUCCAGUGACGGGGAGUUUCGACGACAGUGUUGACGCUUCUGCUUUGAGUUCAGAUGCCAUGUUCUUUAGCCCAGUCUAGCCUGUGAAGCUUUCACGCGGGGAUCCGAGCUGUUUGUGUAGCGCUUAUUCCGAUUUAGUUUCCGGCUUGUCGAUGUUUUUGACACCCCAGUCUGAGCUUCAGUAGCUGACGUGCCAGUUUUACUC